AAUCGUGCUAAACAACGAUUUCGAUAUAAACAGAAUUUGGAGAAUAACCGUGUUAAAAAACAAUGUCGAUAUACAAAGAAUAUAAUAAAAGAACGUACACAAAUGCGAGUUCGUUAUUUAAUAAAUUCUCAGCGUGAACGACGGAGACAAAAGGAAUUACCUUCUGAUCGUAAAUGGCUUUAUAAUAAGCGAUAUUACGAGAAAAAGAAGUUGAAUUACAUACAUACAAAGAAAAAUCACGAUAUUGCUAAAAAUAUUACCAAAAAGUAUAAAAAACUUUGGUCGAGUCACGUUAAAAAGCUUAGUAACCCUUUGGCUGUUACAAAAAUUUUUGAGAAACUCGAUAUUAAAGAUCCAGUUGAGAAACGAUUAGAAGCAGAGAGAAUCGUACGUUGGUCUAUGUGUAUUAAAGAGAAUUAUAGUCGCAAUAUGCAACGAAUAUUAACUUCACUUAAAAAAAAAGCAGAAAUAUGCUUGACUGUUGCAGAUGAAUGUUCAACAAUUGAUGAUAAAUUACGUGCAUUAUGUGGCAUAUCGAGACAUACAGCUUCGUCCGAGAAUUAUUUUAUUGAUUCAUAUCGAGAAAUAACUUCUUCGCAACAACCUUUGUUACACCCUUUGAUAAUGAACGUGGAAGGUCAAGUUACGAACGUAUUACCUUUAAUACAAGCACGAGCAAAAAAAGCAUGGCUUUGCAGUGCCUCGUGUAAAACUGAUGAUCGAUUUCUGAUUGAGCGUUACCGAAAAUUUCUUGAAGCGUUGAAUGCUUGCACUCUUAAGAAAAUAACAAAAUUGUUAGAAAAGAUCCAUAAAU